AUGGAAAUGUCAACAUUAGAAUCAAGUCUACCAAAUGAAUUAUUUGACUUUAUUUUUCUCUAUUUAAAACCUAUUGAUAUUGUUUAUUCAUUUUUCAACUUAAAUGGUCGUUUUAAUAAUCUUGUUUAUCCAUUUAUAUGCACAAUAGAUUUAUCCAAUGUCGAUGAAUGUACGUUGAACAAGUAUUGUCAAACAAUUUUACCAAAAAUACAUCAUUAUAUCAAAUCAAUCAAAGUUGAUGAUAAAAAUAUUGGCUCGGUUUUUCCAUUAUGGCUAUAUUCUAAAAUAUAUCCGAAUCUUCAGUCACUUUUUAUAACGAUAGUUGAAAAAGAUGAUAAAUAUUUAUCAUAUUUAAAAUUGUUUAAACAAUUACUUAAUUUAAGAAUUUGUUAUGGUAACGGAGAAGAUUAUAAAACUGUAUCACACGAAUUAUGUUCAAAUCUAUUUCAAUCUGAUUGUCGAUUACAAACAUUAUAUUUUCAAAAUAUUUAUGUACCCAUCAAUCCUCAUAUCAUUCAACGAUGUGUUUCUAUUAGAAAGUUAAUAAUAAAAUUACAUUCUUUCGAUAGUGUAUAUGUUCUGUUAAACAAUUUACCUUCAAUCGAAUCUGUAAAUAUUCAUAUACCACAACAACAACAACAAAAUGACAUCGAAUUUCAUUAUUAUGAUAAAAAUAUUCCUUUGACAUUACCAAAAUUGAAAGAGCUUGUAUUCUACGGUACUUUUAGUGUUAAUUAUGAUUAUUUAGAAUUGUUAUUAUCUCAUUGGUGCUCUAAUCUAGAAUACUUAGCAUUGAAUUUGUAUAUUGAUCAAUUUAUUGAUGGUGAACGUUUAGAAAAAAAGUUAUUAUCAAAACUAACAAAAUUGAUAGUAUUUCAUUUUUGUUUUCGUAUUCGAGUUGUCGAUAACACAUUAAACAUAGACGAUUAUAUUCAAACAUAUAAGUCUUCUUAUUGGAUUAAUAAUAAUCAUUCAAUCUUAUGUUUUAAUCAACCGCUACAAUGUCCACGUUAUUGUGUAUUUUCAUUACCCUAUAUGUUUGAUGAAUUCACUUAUGUUACAAAUGAUCUCGUUAAUUAUCGAUCAAAUGUCAACGAUAAUAUUUUGUUACACAGUAAAAGAAACAAAGCGAAAAAAAUUACUUUGCAUAAUAAAGUUCCGUAUACAUUAGAAUUAUUUCAGAUUAUCCAAAAAUCAUUUCCAAGAGCGAAGCAACUCGUAUUUAUUGACGCUCCUGUUCAUUUUUUAAGUGAUAAUUUGCUGAACAAUUUAUUGGUGAUGAAAAAAAUAAUCUGCAUGGUAUUUUACCUCGAUAAAUUAAAUUUUCUACAUUUCAGACAACUAUUGUUAAUGACACCGAACGUUCUAAUAUUAUACACACUACAGAGUUUGAUGUUAGAUGUAUUGAGAAAUUCACAAGAUUCUUCUUUUCAACCAUUACAAUCAAUAUGUGAUCGUAUUAGAGAUUUACGUAUAAAACGCUACGUAACAACUGGAGGUUCUACCCAGAUUGAACUCUUGGAUUCAACAGCUCAACGGCAACCACUAAUUGACCAAUACGACCACAAACAAGAAGAGAAGAAACGUCAACGAGAAGAAAGAAAAGAAAUGACAUUGAGUUUGCAAAAUUUGUUAUUAUCAAAAAGCGUACAAGGUGCUGAACCCUUUUCUGGUGCAGAUGAUCAAGAUCCAUCCGAUUGGCUCGAUGAAAUUGAAACAAUUUUGGCUAUUGCAAAUGUUAAGGAUGAUGCCAGAACUCCAAUUGCUGCACAGUGUUUGAGUGGUGACGCCGCGAAGUGGUACAAGCAAGCAAAAGCAACAAUCGACGGCAGCUGGACGACCUUCAAGGAGGAAUUGAUCACGACAUUUACAGCGACAACACAAAAAUUAAAUAUAUCCACAAAAUUACAAAAUCGCCGCCAAGGACUGAAUGAGCCUGUCCAGAGUUAUUAUUUUGAUGUACUGGGUUUGUGUACUAAAUUGGAUCAUCGGAUGGGUGAAGAACAGAAAUUAUUGCAUCUUCAACGUGGAUUGAAACUAUCGCUGGCUCAAAUGACAAUCCCAUUCAAUCCCAAAACUUGCUUAGAGUUGCUCGCACAAGCCAAAAGAUCGGAAGCAGCAGCAGCAAUUCAAACACCAGUAACUUCAAUAGCAACGACAAGAACAGUAACAGAAGAAGUGUCUGAAGAAAUGGCUGCUAUUCAACCACACCUCACUCAUCGGCGUCAAUCUUAUCUUCACGACUCACAACAACUGAAGUACUUUAGUUAUAAUACUCGUGGUAGAAUUCGUCAGCAACAACAAGAAAGAUGGCCAAGAAGUCAGCCUUCAACCCGAUGGUUUGGCCCAUCAUAUCGGCAGCAACAUCCAGACUAUUAUUCGUUAUCAACUGAAUGUUACUCAUGUGGUAAACCCGGUCAUUUUGCUCGUGAAUGUCGAUCUAGCCGUGCAAAUUACUACCCAAAAGUUUAG